GGGGCCAUAAAACUUAGCUAGCUCACUUUUGAGAUUUUAAAAAAAAUCUCACUUUCUAAACUCAACUUAGACCGUCUCACUUUUGGUGUGCCAUAAAGCUAGUUUUAGCUCAUUUAGCAAUUUCUAACUUGAGACAGAAACCGAGAUCAUUACCAUGGAAACUGAGCAGGAAAUUGGUUGAAUUAUGGGAUGUGUUGUUUACAUUUUAUAUUUUGCAAUGCCACACCCACUAAAUAUUGCGCAAUGCAUGGAAAAUUAAAGAAAUAUGCUGCUGUUGUUUUUUUUUUUUUUUUUACAACUGUUCUAUUGUUACGUCAAAUUUGACGUUGUUGACGUCAAUUACGUCGUUUCAUCUAUAAGUCAGCUGCUAUUUUAUAAAAAAAAAACGCUAUGGCCGAAAAGGAUAUCGCUAAUCUAAUUAGUAAAAGUUCAGAAAGCAGCAACCACGAGCCCUACUGGAGUCAGCUGGAGAAGGAAAUUCUUCACGAAGAAGUAAUUUCAAGAAUUGAAAUAAUUGAAGGGAAAUUCAAAGGCUCCCAGAGUGGGAAAUACGAAAAGGAAAACGCGUGGCAAGCGGUGACUGCCACAGUGAAUGCGAAAGGGGCAUGCAAGAAGAGGACCAUUAAACAGGCUAAGAAGCAAUGGUCAAAUAUGAAGCAGCGAGCAAAGAAAAUCAACAGUAGCGGAAAAUAUCCCUCGACAGGUGGAGGUCCAAAGCCCCCAUCUCCUUCCCCCAUUGAUGAGGCCAUGCUGGCAUUUCUAUCUGGAAAGCCAUCUUUAGAAGGAGUGGAAGGGGGGAUGGAGACAAGUGUAAGCUUGCACAUAGGUAAGCAAUAAUAGUAUACAGAUUUUGAAAUUUACUUGAGAAAGUGUAUUUUAGUAAAAAAAUAAAAAUACAA